CUGUGCGUGUGAAGUUUGUUUUCUCGCGCAUCUGCCAAACCCUUCAAAACGCAAAAAAGAGUGUCAUUCGUUCGCGAAAAGAAAGAAAAUCGCGACUGUUUACCUGCGAAAAAGAUCACCAAAAUCGUCUUUGUCCAAUUUCCAAUUUGGUUGGCCUUCGCCUAUAGUGUUUGAUCGAAAAAUCAAUAAUCCACUGGUUGGUUGCGGGUGUGAAUUUUGCACAACGAAGGGAACCAUUGCGGGAGGGCCGCAAAGCUCAGCGCGAUGGCAUCCAUCAACGACCUCCCAAACGAAAUCCUGGAGUUUAUUUUCGGUUUGAUUCCGCCGUAUCAGGAUCUGGAACAAUGCGCCGCGGUUUGCAAACGGUGGGCCUCGCUGGCCAUGAAUGUGCAGAUGCGGAAGAGGGCAACGCUUCAGAAGGGGCUGCUGGAUUUCAAUCUGUGCUGGCGGCGGGAGGUUCUGAACAGCCAAACUCCCAGCAUCGCGGCUCGGUUUGCCCAUGCCAGUUCGCUGCACCGGAACUCGAUGUACGUGUUCGGUGGGGCGUCGUCGUACGAUACGACUUUCAACGACCUGUGGCGGUUUGAUUUGAGCCGUCGCGAGUGGAUUCGGCCCAUUUCGAUGGGGACGUAUCCUUCGCCGAAGGCCGGUGCUUCGCUGGUUUGCUACAAGGGACGGCUGGUGUUGUUCGGUGGCUGGAGACAUUCGUACGCACCGUUUCAGCUGUGUACACUGUUCGACGAGUUGCAUCUGUACAAUAUUGCGGAUAAUAGGUGGACCAUUCACAAUCUAGCGUUCGGGCCUCCGCCAAUGACUGGUCACUCGGCCACGGUACAUCGCAACAAAAUGAUCGUGUUCGGCGGCUAUCAGAAAACAAUGGAAAACUUGGGCACCUCGAACGACAUCUGGGUGCUGGACUUGGAGAAGCUGGUCUGGAAGAGACCUCAGGUUUCGGAAAUAAAGCCACCCGCUCGUUACGGUCAGUUUCAGAUGGCAGUGGGAGAAGAUCACAUUUUGAUCUUGGGAGGCACCGGCGGGGUCAAUCGAAUAUUCAAUGAUGCAUGGCUAUUGGACAUGAGGAAUGAUGUUUGGCGUUGGCGGAACGUUCAGAUCCGGAACAAGAGGGGGACAGUAAUACACAAUUGGAGCUACCCGGCCUGCAAUGUGGGGUCGAAAGUUAUUGUGCUAGGACCAACCUCUCCCAAUGAUUUCCAAAUCGUGCGACAGCACAGACCAGCGAAUCAAGGAUUGCAUCCACCAAAUCUCGGACGACCACGUCCGGCAAACCCGGGGGAACGACAGCGACCAGCAGAACCAAAUAUUCCGCCACGACAAAACCCAGUAAGGCCGCCAUUACCUCCACCGCCGCCUGUUCCUGUGGUUCCCAUGAUCCCAGCAGUUCCAGCUCAAAGCGGACCACCCCGAGAUCCGGAACCCAGACCAGGCCCUUCCAGAGUUCCCUCCCCAAAUUCACACCUGGCCCCGAUCGCUGGCCCAUCCAGAGCCGUUCCUGCCAUACGCAGUCCACUCUAUCGUCACCAACAGGAAGACGAUCGCAUGCUGCCGAAACGUUUCAACGAGGCUCCCUCCGAGCAUGGUCACAUGGCCAUGGCCGCUUUCAGUGUCCCACCAAGUAAUCCCCCACCAGUGCACGCCUCUCGCGAACGUCAGCUGGAGCGUCUCCGCAAAAUGGAAGAGAAAAUAUCCGCCAUGCGAAGGGAGCAGAGAGAACAACAAGAACAUGCCGCGGCCGUUGCAGCUGCCAUCGCUGCUGCAGCCGUUGCCGCCCGUCACGCCUUGGAAGCUCCUCCCGUCACCCCGAAGCGUAUCAAACGCAACGGGCUGGCAAUCUACGUUUGUGAUAUCUCACAGCUGCUCACCAACGAAGAGCCCUCCAUUGAGUGGCAGGAAACGAAAAACAGCGGCCUGAUUGCCGGAGCUCCGGACCAUUUUACCUUCUCGACCAUGGUCAGCGGAAACGGGGAACUGAUUGUGUUCGGGGGUCUCAACAAGAACCCCAAGUCGGAGAGUUCCAGCGUUACCAAUGCGAUUCACUUCCUGACGGUUCCGACGACGGUAGUUUGAAUUGCACGCGCUGCGGCAUGCUUUUCUUCAUUUUUCGAUUUAGAGCUAGAUUCUAUUGAUUAUUUUUCUUGUAUUAUAUGAAUAUGGUAUAAUUGCUUUCUAAAUUAACAAUGUUUCGAUAAGCUGUUUAAAUAAAAACCUUUCCUCUCUUCGUUCA